GUUUGCCGUCGCGUGUUCCGUCUGUGUCUCUUUGUCUGUCCGUUGUCUAAGCUGCUGCACCGAUUUUCGACCUGUAUAAAUUCGUUGAAAGCUGUAAUCAAAGCGCUAAGUCAAGAUGGGGCAGUCAACUUCACAGUUUAUGGAGGACAUGGAAAGGACAUCCAAUUUCACCGCGAGUGAAUUGGAACGUCUGAAGAAGAGGUUCAUGAAGCUCGACAGUGAUGGCUCAGGAUCGAUAGACCGUGACGAGUUCCUGCAGAUACCCCAGAUCGCAAACAACCCACUCGCAUCGCGGAUGAUUGCGAUCUUUGACGAAGACGGUGGAGGCACGGUGGAUUUCCAAGAGUUCGUCGGUGGCCUGAGCGCGUUCAGCAGCAGAGGAGGUCGGGAGGAGAAGCUACGAUUUGCAUUCAAGGUGUAUGACAUGGACCGUGACGGGUACAUCUCGAACGGCGAGCUCUUCCUCGUGCUGAAGAUGAUGGUCGGGAACAACCUCAAGGACCAACAACUACAGCAAAUCGUCGACAAGACGAUCAUGGAGGCAGACAAGGACGGCGACGGGAAGCUCAGCUUCGAGGAGUUCGCCCAGAUGGUGUCAAAUACAGACAUUGUGAAACAAAUGACACUAGAAGAUAUCUUCUAACCUAUGUAUACCCCUCCCACCUCUCCUCUCGUGGAUAUCGGCUCUGCCUACGUUGUAUCAUCUCUCUCCCCCUCGUCUCGGUUUCGGUUUCGAUCUCACACAUACGCAUCGUCCGUCCGUCUGUCCGUCCGUCCGUCUGUCCGUCCAUCCGCUCUGCAAUUGUGCUUAUAUUAACGGGUGUAAUGAUUAAUGAAUGAAUGGAUCGAUCGGUUGAUAGCACACGCUCGCG